AUGGCCCGACAAGAACGUCAUCAGCUACACGUCGAUAUCUCGUGGCAAAUGCCACCAAGAAGAAAUUCAUCCGCUACGUGCUUUCAGCUAGAAAUUAAUGGUACCGACACGUGCUUUGUAUUCAAUGUUUCCGAUUCCGGCGUUACAGAAGAUUCAGUCUCGCCGCGUUUUCAUUUCACUUCUGAGAGUUUGUUCGAGUUCUCCAAGAGCUACCGUAUUACACUCUACAGUUUGCCAAAGUCAAAGAAUAGGACGUCGGCAGUGGUGAAGGAGUCGCGAAUGCCAAUCGACCCCGAGCUCAACUAUGUCGACGAUCAGAAGAACAUCUCACAGUAUUGCAAAACACAUACCAGAGCCGCUUCAACGGAUUUGCUCAAAAUCGAAGCCAAUCUGACACCACCCGUUGCGGAACUCCCACAAAUACCGCGGCAUCCAAAUGGACAGCGGCUUUUCGGCGAAUAUUUCUUGCAGUCGAUUACGAGGACAAUACUGGUCGAGUUUGUCGGUGCUCCGCCCCAUUACUGCUUCGAGGAAUAC